GGGCUAGGGAAUAGCGCGUGCCUUGCAUGUUCACGAGGUACGUGAGCCCGACAAUCGAUAACCCGACGCGCUCGCUUGGCAUGAUGAUGAGAUGAGCAAGCAUCACUCCAGCGCACCCGGCCAACCACUCAACCCACCACCUAGGCGGGCUAGAGCUUCCUGCUGUCCUAUUGCUACCACCCUACCACCCCCAUCUCUACCAUCUCCAGCUGGACACUGCGCACUCUGCCGGCCUCCAGCUGCAUGUCUCUUAGGCUGCGUCAUCCGCGGCUGCCUCUUGUACUCCGGUACCCUUGCGCUCGACCGCCUCACGACCGCUGACCUCGCACCUGAGCCACCUUCGCUUCGGGACUUUCCUCGCGAUAGAUAUACCUGGCCGCCAUCGCCGAGCUCAAUAGGCAUAUAGACAUCUAUCGCGCACUUUAUCUAUCAUGUUCUCUGAAUAUGCAUCCAAGUUCCUCUCCCAGUCUCAGUCACGGCUGUCACUGGGUCAGCCCGAGCCGAAUUCAAACCGCAACGCCCCCGACAGGCAGCGCCCGUCCUCGCGCGCGUCCCAAGCUUACCUCCAGCGUCGCAACAUGCCCAACCCAUACAACUCGCAGGCUAUGAGCCGCUUUGCCUUCGCUUCACGAACAUCCAACGCGCCCGCGCCACUAUUCUACUCCGCCACCGAUGACUUUCGCGAGGAGGACGACCAUGCCGAGCACGACAGAGACCUAGCAGACCAUUACGCGCUUCAACGCUCGCGGCGGCAGUUUGGCGCAAGCAAUCUAUCCGAGUCAUCGGAGGUCGAUGAUGAACAUGGCCAACGAUCCGAUCAUACAAUAGGUGCGGACAGGGACGAGAAUGAGGCCCCCGGAUAUGGUCUGGGGAGAGGGAUUAAGAGCUCCUGGAAGGGCGACAAGCCAGUUCGUGGAAGAUCGACCGUUAUCAACAACCCAGAAGACGAGGAAAGAGAGUCAAGUGUACCGCUCUCUGAGACUACAGACCGCAGCAGCAGGGGGAGAGGCCACCUCGUAGAUGUGGAGCUUGAUUCCACAGAUCGGGGGAGUAUAGAAGAGUUGGACCGAGACGAGCUCCUGGGUCACCAGGACGAACCACCGCCACCGUUCCAACAGUUUCGCAAUAUGCCUAGGCCGAAACGCGGUCGCAGCCCACUACGAAGUACUUUACCGAUACCACAGGAAACAGACGAAGACACUCUGCUCGAACACCCACGCCCAAUAAGUCCGGAUCGCCAGACCGUUCCCGACGACGUACCAGAGAACCCAACAUCAGCGCCGCGACACAACUUUUUUUGGGCUGAGCUCUUUAUAAUUGUGCAGUGUGCCAUCUUUGGCACAUGGAUCAUCUCUUUUCUCCAAGAGUCGCCACAGAACAAGAAGAACCCACUGGGCGACACGAUAUAUACUGUCUUGCAUUCGUCGUUUCACCUCAUUGGUGUGUACUCGCUGGUUUCGGUCAUUGUCGGAGUCCUAUGGCUAUCGCUACUUCGGUCCUUCGCUCGGCCCUUGGUGCAGUUGAUGUUACUGGCGGUACCAGUAAUUUCGUUUUCCUUCUUUGUAUACCCUUUCGCAUCAAGCUUCAAAGGGUCAUGGCAUGGCGAUAGCGUACAAGACCGGCUGAUGCGCUGGCUUUCGUUUGGGCCCUUGUGCUUCGCUGGUUUCUGGGUGUACACCAUCUUCAAGGCACGACAUUCUUUAGACAAAGCUACAGGCAUGUUGGAGUUCUCGAGUGAGAUCCUGAGAGCGCAAUUCCCACUGCUACUCGUGGGUAUUGCAACACUAGCUGCUGUGAUACUCUGGUCGUGGAUAUGGAUCCUCAUGUUCACACGUCUAUUCCUUGGCGGCCAUUUUGCUAGUAACAAGUCCCGAUGGAUCAUCGAUGCUAGUACGUGGUGGCUUGGUGUUGCAUUCUUUCUGGAUUUUUUCUGGGGGUUGGCGGUCAUUGCGGGUGUACAACGCGCCACAACAGCAGCCACGGUAUCUCAAUGGUACUUCCACCGCAACAGCGUGCCUGCACCCGCGGCUAGAACGGUGGUCCAAGCCUCCCUCAGUCACGCGACCUACACCAUGGCCGGCACGAUCUGUUUGUCAACACUGAUCUCACUCAUGGUCCGCCUUCCCCUCAUCGUACUUCCAAGGCGACUGGCGGGUAUGAUUGGCAUGUGCGCAUAUUCAGUCGUGCCGACGCCCAUCGCUGCGUUAACGAACCCGCUUACCUUGACCUACGCUUCCAUCCACGGUGUGCCUCUUAAUCAAGCUGCGCGCGGCCUGUCACAGAUGAACUUCAUUUCCGCUGCUUCGCCAACCACAACUCUUGGCCCGUCCUCGUUCAAAGACCACGGACGACCAUCGAUACAGUCAUAUCGUCUGGCGAAGUUGCUUCUCCACGCCAUUCGCUGGGUUAUAACAUUAUCUCUCGGGUUUGGCGGCUGGGUCUCGACUGCACGCAUGCUCCAAGUCGGCGGUACUGUACCAUACAAGGGCAGUCUUUAUGCAUACGUCGUUGGUCUUAUCAGCGCGGCCAUCGGCUGGGGUGCCCUAGGUGCAAUGGAGGGAGUUCUCGGAGGUAUCCUGGACGCAGUGCUUGUAUGUUGGGGAAGCGAAGUUGGAACAGACGGGCAAGGAGAGGCUCGGUACUGUGUUGAUGCUGGGCGGCUAUUCGGAAAUGAAGUCACGGGGCAAGGUCGGGGAAGAUACGAAGUCUAGAGCAUGGUUUUGUUUGCAUCAUCGGCGUUCAGCACCAGAAGAAUCUGGAUAACAGAAGCGGUUUUGGCGCUUGGGUAUACCUAUCGUUUAUCUUUCUCAAAUCGCUUUUGCUGUCAGCAAUAGCACUCGUAUAGUUUUGUUCAACUGAGAUUCUUGUGCAUGUUGCCUGACCACGAUCAAGUGAUGACCUUUCAAUGCGUUUGGAGCUGCGGG